UAAAGACGUCGAGCAGCAGAGUAAUCUUCAGCAAUGUCUUCAGUGUUUUUUGACAACAUUCACCGGCAGUCGUACAAGACCAGGCCUUCGCCUUAUCUUGGAAGAGAAGUGGAGAAAGAGCGCUCGGAAGAGACCAAGCUAGUCGAGAGGGAGAAAUCGUAUACAAAAUGGGAGGAGAGAGUCCACAACGUCGACAGCGAGCUGCCAAUCUUCGGCCUACGCACCGACGUGAGCAACCAGAAACUGACGGCGUACCUGAAGCAAGAGGGAGGCGCCGACAGCGGAGAUGAGGAUCACAACGACACGACAAACAACGACGAGGACGACGACGGAGACGCCGGUGAUCAUGACCAAGAGGAGUACACUGAUGGAGAUGAGGAGGAGGAGGACGGCAGUGCAGAUGACGACUACUAUCUAGAUGAAGACCUAGCAGCGGCAGCAGCCCGUAUCAAUGAAGGUGACAUGUACGAGGUCAUGGGUGGUAUGGAGCCACGGCACGACCAGAGCGCAGAUGGAGCCCAAGAAGGAAGCGAUCUCGAUGACGACGAUCGCCUGUUCGAAGGCAUGGGUAGUCUGGAUCCACCGCAGGGCCAGAGCAGCAACGUGGCCAGUCCCAACUGGCAGCUGAGCUACGACGCCAUGGCAUCGGAGGCUAACGAGCCGCCGCCCGCCAGGACUGGAGGUUUUGCUGCCGGUGGUGGUGGGGCCAUUCCGCUGCAGUUUGACGACGACGACGACAACAACCAGGAAGAUGAUGAUGACGAUGCGAUGGCACUUGAUGACUAGCCACACCGACUACUAGCACUGUGUAUUUCCAGGCGAUCAUGGACAGAACGAAUAUGCUACUUCAAGAUCGUUUAAAAAAAAACUCUGCUGCAUGCUGCCAGCCGAUCACGCCGCUCGGAGCUACCUGCUGCUUCGCCAUCCUUCAUUGACCCUAACCAAGGAGCGCAGCGUAGCAUGUAAGCUGUUCUGUACUCAGGCCACCGCACCGUGUUGGUACAGUGGGCGCGCUACACACCACGUUGGUAUAUGUACAGUGGACGCGCUACACACCAUGCUGUACCCAUCCACGCAUCAGCAGCCGCCACCAGAACUUCGAGAGGACUGCUCUCGACGUGUGUUCGAUCUUAACCACUGCUUCACGCACCGUAUAUGCUUCUCCUUGGCGUUGUCUUGCCGUGAUGCCCAUGGUAGACUGAACACUGCAGUAUGCUUUACACAGUAUGGCCAAGCCUUGUCCCGUGUACAUGGCUGUAGACGUAUCACUGUACUUUCAGGUCAUAUAGGUACACACGCUGGCUUGCCAGCUGACUGCCGCCGUUAGAGCAAGCGAGACCGUGUCCCAGUAAGGCAUCAUCACUGAGCAGAUGUACAACGUACGUGAUUGUGCUCGCUCUCUUCUAUUGUUUUGCGGCGUACGGUAUGACAAUGUUUGGGCGCAUUGCUUCCGGACAGCUCUCACCGCAGCAUUGUAGCCAUUGCUUCGUGCUCGCUGGUGUUCCCUGCUGUGGUAGCGCUGGCGCAGUGUGAUUACCUUACUGGUGAUCUCCUGCGACGACGGCGGCCAUCGUGCACUGUGAUCGUCUCCCUGUAGUUGUGCCUCCAGCCGCUGUGCAGUGGUGCAGUGCAGUGGUGCAGUGCAGUGGUGCAGUGCAGUGGUGCAGUGCAGUGGUGCAGUGCAGUGGUGCAGUGCAGUGGUGCAGUGCAGUGGUGCAGUGCAGUGGUGCAGUGCAGUGGUGCAGUGCAGUGGUGCAGUGCAGUGGUGCAGUGCAGUGGCCGGUCGGACACGGUACGGUCACUGUGGUAUAGACCGUACCACCUUUGGGCUUUGGUACCUCUUAAAUCAAAAUAAUACACUGAUUUGGGCUCACUGUGAUCAUAGUGUGCUGUACCACCGUUGUUGCAUGUCUUUGUGCAGUGCACACAGUCGUCUCAUUAAACUGCUGCCAGAUUGGCCCUUCGCAAUCAUUCUGGAACUAGACUCACAGACUAAAGAGAGCAGGUCGUUGCAGGUUGGCACCGGGGAGUCGUAAAGCCCAGGUUUUCACGACUCCCUGGUUGGCAUACUCUUGCUCUGAAUCCCAACCGCCUUCCUAGCAUUUGCCGGUUCUCAUGCCCAACACUGAGAAAAGCCGCCACGUUGUGUGUAUUUCAAACUUCAAGUUAUCAUGUCUCCAUAACAGUUAGCUAGGCUUGGUUAUUCAUCCUGGCCAUUACUUGUUACCGUGGAGCUAGGCAAUUGUAGCGACCGUUUGUCCUGUUUUAUCUCUUACCGCUGGUUCCUGUGUGUAUACAUGGAUUCAUGUGUUUCCCCCGUGUCCCUUUGGUUGAGCUUCAUAACCUUGCUGCACUGCUUUGUUUUCCAUCGCCUUGCUGCACUGCUUUGUUUUCCAUCGCCUUGCUGCACUGCUUUGUUUUCCAUCGCCUUGCUGCACUGCUUUGUUUUCCAUCGCCUUGCUGCACUGCUUUGUUUUCCAUCGCCUUGCUGCACUGCUUUGUUUUCUGUUCUACUGCUUGUGCUAGUAAUGUUGUAUCAA